UGGGUCAAGACGUUGUGUUUAGAACCUUUAGAGUUGCAAGGUAUCAGUUUAUGCAGUAAAUGACAGCAGUCAUUACAAAAUAUAACUUGCUGCACCACGUGUGCAAUAGCCUAACGUUAGCUGAGUUAGCUAAUUAAAUUCAAGCUUGUGUAUUUUUUCACAUUCAAUCAUGCAAGGCAAGGUAAUAUAGGAGAUUGUAUGGUUUUUCGUUAUUAUAUGUGAUCGGUUACCCAUAUUAAGUUAGCUCGAUCACAACACUUUAGCCAUUUAUAAAUGUUCAGAUCAAGUUGCCAGAUUGGUGUGUUUUCCAGUAAUUGUUCAAAAUCCACAAUCCAAAAUUAUAAACACACACAUCUACUACAGUAUUGUGGCUCAUCAAAUGGCAUGUAAUAAAGGAAAUUAAGUGCUCUCUAAAGAAGGCUACAUUGUAAGGCUACGUGUCUGUCAUUUGCCUUAAAGAAAUAAAAGGGAACAACAGAAAUAUCAAAAUGCCACCUGUCUAAAGCUAUUUUAUUCCACCUAGUACAAACUAAUAUCUAAUUGAAAACUGACCAAUCUGCCAACACCGAUGGAAAAAAAAUACUGGUAAAAAUGUAAGGAGUUCAUUUGUUCUCUCUCUCUAUCUCUUUCUUUUUUUAUCAGGUCCUUCAAAUUCUCCCCUCCUUUAUUUUAACCUCCCUCAACACAAACAUACACACACACACACACACACACAAACCAAAGGCACUUUUAAGAGCCACGUCCGUCUUGUUACCCUGCACUUGUCUGUCUGUAGCGCUCUUUCUCCCCCUCUCUCUCUGUUCAUAUUGUCAUAUUUGUCCGUCUUUUUGUUUCUCUCUGACAAAUUCUUUAUUUUAACACAUUGUCUGUCUGUCUAUUUUUUGUUUUUGUGUAUAUUUCUAUUUCUUGUCAAGUUAUGACACGGCCCAAAUUCCGACCCUGCCCAUCUUGCCAGACGCCCAAUCAGGCCAGCAGGAAAAGCUGUUAUGUCUGCUUUGGAAGUCUAUCCACUAAAAAAAAAAAAAAUGACAAAGUGGUGUCACUGGAUAGACAGUGGGGGCAAUCUGUUAAGAAAAGCAGAAAUGUUGGCCGUGUAAUCGAUUCUGCUCGUAUUGCAGUGCGGAAACUUGAGGCAGUGGGUUACAAGCCCAUUUUAUUUAUUGGCAAACAAAAUAAGGCUUCAAAUAAGUGGGUUGCAGAUGUAAUUACCCAUCUGCACCCCACUCCUGUCACAAAAAUGUUUUUGGAGAAGAUGCAGAGGGCUUAUGAAUUUAUUUUGACUAAGUCAACCUCCACAGCACAGCAGCCGGACAGUGACAUCCCCACCGCAGAGCAGCACAACAGCCCCAGUGAGGAACAGUGCAAUGGUUCCAUUUUGGAGCCGGAGACCCUUGCCGUGGAGCAGCCGGAGCCGGAGAGCCUUGCCGUGGAGCAGCCGGAGCUGGAGAGCCUUGCCGUGGAGCAGCCGGAGCCGGAGAGCCUUGCCGUGGAGCAGCCGGAGCCGGAGAGCCUUGCCGUGGAGCAGCCGGAGCCGGAGAGCCUUGCCGUGGAGCAGCCGGAGCUGGAGAGCCUUGCCGUGGAGCAGCCGAUGAAACCCACAAAGGAGUCCGAGACUCUAUUUAUACUCAACCUUGUUCCUCUGUCUUCCCAAUACUCUUCAACCUCUCUCUCUCCUCCCUCCUCUACUACUUUUCCAGCUGGUCUUCCUUCAGAAUCUUCUCCUCCUCCACCUCCACUGCCAUGCUCUAAGUUAUUGAGACAGAGGAAGAAAAGAACAAAAACCUCAGUCUGUUCAGCAGCACCUUCUGCCACCUCUGUCUCUCCUCCGUCUCUUAUCCCCACAGAUCUCUCCUUUCCACAGUCUUGUCCUCCACCUGCUGCCUCUUCCAUCUCCCAGUCCUUGAGGCAGGAGGGGCCAUGUGUGAAGAAGAGAAGAAAGGGUUGCCGAAAAUGUAGUAGGCAGAAGAUCUUCCUGUUUGAUAAAAUAGUUGGGGAAAGAAUAAAUGAGGGAAAAGCAGAACUGAAAGUCCACUGGUUGCCUUGUACUGUGUGUGGCAAAACUUGGGAUGACACAUGGGAGCCUGCCAGUGAGUUCCAACAUUUUUUGCCAGAGUCUACAAAUCCCAACCAGCUUUCACCAUGACAGUCUACUGACCAUGAAUACCUGGACUUGUUAAGCACUCUUCAAUUCUGAGUGUUUUGUUGUUGUUCUUUUGCUUGCUGUUCUUCAUUAAAGUUUGUGCACAGUGCAUAUACUGUUUUAGUAUGUUUUUUUUUUUAAGUAUCAUUUUAAACACCUUUUACAUUUGUC